CUGGGGAGACAAAGGCGGCCGGGCGUGGUGCUGGCCACUCACCCCCUCAUGUGCCGUGCCGGCCUUCAUAGGUGCUACUCGCUAACAGCACUUGCCCCAAACACUCAGUUAAGGCUACAUGGGGGAUCUUUGUCUUUGGUCCCGGACCAUUGAGGUGCCCACCUUAAUUGUAUUACUAAGCAGUAAUACAAUUGAGGGGGGCACACCCCCCCCCCCCUCCUCCUCUAUCAAUCCAUAAUAUCCGAGUGAGAUAACAGACGACAUGUAUAUGCAUAGACACGGGAGGUGCAGUAUGGACGGGGAGAUGAUUAUGAUUUGAAUCGGAGUCGAUAUUCGACGCAACCAAAUGCUGCGUCUGUCUGUGUGUGUGUGGGGGGUGGGGUUUGUUGUUGCUCGCAAUCCCCUUGAGUUGCUUGGGACCCCUUGUGCCUGCUGCGUGCUGUUCGCGCUGGGCGGGUUGCGCGCUGUUUGGCUCGCGAGCUGAUUAGGACAACUUCGUCGGCGUGGGGAGCAGCAGAGCCCUGCAGACCAAACAGCAGCAGCAGCAGCAGGCCGGUCUCUCCACUUGCUGCUGAGGCGACCUUCCAGCCAGACCCUGUUCGUACUCCUCCUGGACCAGUCAGAGGGAGAGGCAGGGAGGAGGAGUGAAGGACGGUCGGCCUUACGAUGGGCGACAGCUCGGGCGAGUACGACUACCUCAUCAAGAUGCUGUCGUUGGGCGACUCGGGCGUUGGCAAGACCAGCGUCCUUGGCUGCUACGUCGAUGGCAAAUUUUCAACAAAGUUCAUCUCGACCGUGGGAAUCGAUUUCCGCGAGAAGCGCGUGAUCUUUAAUCCCGGCGGGAAGGAGGGCCCAGCUGGGGAUGGCCUGAAGAUUCACCUGCAGCUGUGGGACACCGCUGGGCAGGAGAGAUUCCGGAGUUUGACCAACGCGUUCUUCCGCGACGCCAUGGGCUUCUUUGUGUUCUUUGACAUCACGGACGAGCAGAGCUUUGUGAACGUGCGUCACUGGAUGGACCAGCUGCAGCACCACGCGUACUGCCCCAACCCGGACGUGGUGCUGUGCGGAAACAAGGCCGACCUGACGGAGCAGCGCGCCGUCGGCGAGGACGACGCGCUGUCGCUCGCUCGCGAGUACGGGAUGCCGUACGUGGAGACGAGCGCGGCGACGGGGGAGAACGUGGCGCGCGCCGUGGAGCUGCUUCUGGAGCGCGUGAUGCGCCGCGUGCAGCUCAGCCCCGAGCACGCCUGGAUCCCCGACUGGGCCGUGGGGGCGGCUCCCUCGAAACCCCGGAGGUCGCUCUCGCGCGACGACGGUGGCGGCGGAGGAGAGGGGGCCGGCAGCAACUCGUGCGGAUGCUGACAAGGGGGGUGCGGGUGGAACUCACCACGAUGUGGCCCACGACACCCGGCGCAUCCGACGAGACGCGCCAGGCGGUGUCUUUCGCUCCCCGUAGCUCCGUGGCUGCUCCUCACUCAUCGAGGGGGGGUCAGCUGUUCGGUGCCCACGUGAUCGCUCCCACGUGCUUUUGAGUGAUAAGAACAGGGGGCACGUUAUGCGUCUUGACCCCCCCCCCCCCACCACCCCCAAUUCUCAGAAUCAUCAAUCUUUAUUUAUUGCUGGAGGAAUUCGAUGAGACGUAAUCUUUUUUCACAGAUGUCCAGUAAGAGGGGGGGGGCGUGUUGGUCAGAAAGUUACAACGAACGAUUACGAAAGCACGCCAGGAGUGAAAAUUUAAGCUUAAACUAAUUUUAUUUUUAGCCUCAUUCGCAUCAGUUUUGCAUUCAAGUCCCAUUACCCCGGAUGAGGGACUUUUGAUCGGCAGCUGUCACCUCGAUCGGUACUCUUUGCCAGCCGCGUUAUGGGACCGUUUGCUGCGUUCUACUUAUCCGCAAAUGUUUAAAAAAAUCCUGGCAGACGUUGGGGACGUUACCCAAUGAAAUAAAACGUGUAUUUUGUUUUUACGCAAUCGUGCGUGUCGACAAAGAUCCCCCGUAUAGCCUUGACAGACUGUAGGGGCAAGUGCUGUUAGCAAGCACCUAUGAAGGCUGGAACGGUACACGAGGGGGUGGGUGGGCCAGCACCACGCCCGACCGCCUUUGUCUCCCCAGUGGCGAUGUUUACACACCAGGUACUCAUUUGAGGCCCAGGACCGGUUCAGAUAAUCGUUACUGGUGUUGGCCGUGAGCGGGAAUCGAACCCGGAUCGCCGGGUUCAUAGCGCAGCGCGCUAACUGCUACACUAUCGUAGCUCUAACAGUGUGUCCAACCUCCCCCACCCCGUCUCUCUCUCAAGGGGAACCUUGGGCAGUCACUCAGGCAUGUGUACAACAACGAGAGACGAUGACUUUAGCCCCCAUCCUCAUUCCCAUUGGGGGGGGGGGGGGGGGUGGGGAUGCUGGGAUAUGAAUGUGAAUUGCACACCACAUUAUUGUUUUGCACCACCCCCAAUCUAGAGCAGGGGAAUACCGGAUGAAAAAAAAUGUGCCAAAAAAAAUCGACGAGCAACUUGAGAAGCACGACUCUCACCACGGUGAUUGUUCAUCUCGGCAGCCACCCAGAGCUCAAACGCAGGUCCUUUACAUCGUGCCCCGACGCUGGGAGUGGCGUUCAUCCGCGUUCCUGCAGCUGCCAGCGAGCUUAAGGUGCCGUGCCGUUCCAUCAAAUCGAGUUCGGUUUUUUUUAGGGCCGCUGGUCACGAUUGGGCAAAAAAAAACUUGAGCCCACUUUUUCACUCCAGGCAACUGGAGCGCAAGAGCUAUGAGUAAUGAGUGCAUCAGUAUCUCACGCCGUUAUUAUUAUUAUCACAGCACAAGUCGAACAUGCAGGCGAAGUGCAUCAAAGGACGGUAUCACCUGCAGCAGUGUUACAGGAGGGGGAGGGGUUGGAGUAGCGGUAAGAUGCACAGCUGGCCGUCUUUUUAGAAUAAAAUAGUUUUUUUUACAAAUGUUUACUGCAAAGCGAAUGGCGUACAGUAUUUUUAUAUGCAUGUACCGUAACUUCUUUUACACCAUACACAGCCAACCACGUUCAUCGGAGGUGUGGGGAUAAUACAUUUAAACACAAUAAGCAGUUGUAAAGAAAUGCGUUUUCCAGUGGCUUCCUAAAAAUCGAACAAAGAGCGUUCCAGACGGCCGCAGAAGCACAUCUGAAAAUGCGCGAUGUGCAGUGACCGUCGUCUUUGUUCGAUGGACACCAGCCAAAAGCCGCUGCGAGGAUGAUCGGAGUUCACGCGACGGUUUCCCCUCCUUGGUGUUCGCCUUCAGUACUCACCAGCGUGGCCACCUGGCUUCAAUCACAACCCGCCACGACUCGCAUUGGUCCGAGCCAACACCACCGGUGGCUUCUGGU